AUGUCUUCUACCAACGGAACGGUCACUCAGCCAUCUAAAGUAGCACAACAUCACGACACGGGGCCAUACCAAUAUGUCCCAACGCUCUACGUCGCGAUCCUCUUCAUCGUAUUAUUCUCCAUCUCCACUUUGGUGCACAUCUUCCAAUCAAUCCGCUAUCGCAUGAAAUGGUUGAUAUUCACCGCCUGCUUCUGUGGAGCACUUGAGGUGGCUGGGUGGUCGGGCAGACUUUGGUCCCACUUUUCUGUGUAUCUAGAUUCUCCGUUCCAGCUGCAAAUUUGCGCGACGAUUAUUGGCCCGACUCCCCUCCUUGCUGCCAACUUUGUUAUUUUCGGAAUGAUCAUCCAACGGCUUGGUGCGUCGUACAGCCGCCUUACGCCGAAGUGGUACACGAUUGUCUUUUGCACAUGUGAUGUUAUCUCUUUGGUUAUACAAGGUCUCGGAGGCGGCUUGGCAGCCACCGCGGUACCCAACGGCAGAGACCCCAGAACGGGUGGCAACAUCAUGCUUGGGGGUAUCGUAUUCCAACUCGUCACCAUUACCGUCUACUCCGCUUGUGCAACGGAAUUUUUUAUCCGGUAUUUCAAGAGACGCCCAGUCAGAUUGGACAGUGGGGACACCACGCAUGGAUUCUUUGACCGUAACAUCAAGGUGAUGAGUCUGGCUCUGGCGUUUAACACGACGUGCUUGUUCAUUCGGGCAGUAUAUCGUACAAUUGAGCUGAGCGAUGGAUGGACUGGACGAAUUAUUGGGACCCAGGUUUAUUUCAACGUCCUGGACGGAGCGAUGAUAGUUUUGGCCAUAUAUACCCUCAAUUUUGUGCAUCCGGGUGUCUUCCUAGCUGCGGAGCCAAGCUCCGAGUCGAAGACAAGUGCUGCUUAG